AAGCGCAUGAAGACGGGCCAGCCUCUCCACGCCGGAAUCGAUCCGGACCUCAAGGGUCCAGGAAUCGAUCCAGGAGAGGCGGCGCAACUGUGGCUCGAGGGCUCGAGGCGCGGCGAGGCGUCCUGGCGGCGUGCGCGGCGACGGCGGGCAAAGGCAAGGGCGACGGCGCACCGGCGUCCGGCGGCGACCUUCUCAUCCUCCACCUUCUCACCGAUUGUACCAGCAGUUUCUAGAAUUGGUGAAGACGAGCCACCACCACCUUGGGACCCGAUUUUGACUCCGGAAGGUGGAUUGGAUGUCAGAGUUGCACUGGCGGUUCGUGCAGGCGGUGGAGCAGCUGGGCAUUGGCGAGAAGGUGUCGUCCCAGUUCUCUUGCAUUGUCCAGGCACAAGGAAAAUUACAUUAGGAUGUUGUGCUGUAAUGGUUGAUCUCGAUUGCUAACAAUCUAUUGUGUUAAAUUAAACUCUAGGAAGAGGAUUUUGUUGCUCAUGCAGUUUGAAAAAAGAUGCUUGAGGCGGCUUGCCGUAGCUGUGAUAGUCAUUUCUAUAGCAUGUUACUAAUUGAUGUUCUUGUAUUUGUAUGGCUUUAAUUGCUUCAUGGACUAGGUGGGAACAUGUUAUAAGAUUCAGGAACGGUUCAACAUA